AGCGUGCCAUUUUCUUUUCUGUGGGACAAGUAAUUGGCACAGUGGCUGUUGAGUUCUUAGAGCUUAGGCUUCAGUGUCAUGCAGACAUUGCCUGAAUGUUAACACCAAGGCGCUGAAGUAUUUUGCUGUUUCAUUAGAUUGAUAUAAAAGAUAAAGCUAAAUAAUAGUUUUGGUGUCACAAAGUAGCCUUUACCCUCUCUGAUAAGGUGCUAUUGGAUGUGUUGGCGGUGGUGAAUGAGUCAUGGGCACACAUUUCAUGACGGCAUUGUCAACCCCACAGUACGGAAAGAUAUGAAGGGUACACAGAAGCUUUACUGUUGUCCAAUAGAAGGCUGUCCAAGAGGACCCAACAGACCCUUUUCUCAAUUUGCCCUGGUUAAGCAGCAUUUCAUGAAGAUGCAUGCAGAGAAGAAGCACAAAUGUGUGAAGUGCAGCAAUGGCUACAGCACAGAGUGGGACCUGAGGAGGCAUGCAGAGGACUGUGGAAGGACGUACAGCUGUACAUGCGGUUGCCCUUAUGCAAGCAGAGCAGCACUCUUAUCACACGUUUACCGAACAGGCCAUGAGGUUCCCCAGGAGCACAGAUAUCCACCUGUGAAGAAAAGGAAAAUGGAGAGAUUAUCUAGCAGUGCCUCAAAAGUUAGGCCCAAUGACCAGACAUAUGAAAUGGCAGAUGUUGAUAAGGAACUCUCAGAAGGAGCAGUCCCUACUGAAGGAGCAUCUCAGACUCCAGAUUCUCCCCGACGGAAUCCUGUCCACUCUAAAAAUGUUCAAAAGCUCCUCUUGCCCAAGCCUAAAGUUGCUUUGGUCAGUGUCCCAGUGAUGCAGCUUGCACACCUGCCUGUCCUCCUACCCCCAGCAGAGAGCAGUUCCUUAAGGUCUGUGGUCUUGGCUGUGGAUGCACAGGGAUCAGUAAGCACUGUGCACCUCUUGCCUCAAUCACUCGGGACAGUGGUGCCUGCUCUGAACACUAAGACUAUGAGUUUCAAACAGGCCAUGCCUGUUUCCAGAUCAAGCCUGGAUGCUAUCAGCACAGGGAUACAAGUCAAUCUGGAGAGCUUGGUCUCAGUAGGUGAGCCUGACAGUGAUCUGGUACCCAGAAGUAAAAGCACCUCAACAAACAUUCAGACUGAUAUCUCGUAUCUCAGUAGAGGAUCUAUUGGAGGAAUCACCAUCACGCCCAUCGGUGAGCCCGCAGUGUCAUCUUGCUCCCAAACUGAUAUUAGUGUAAGUGCUCAGAUCCAGCUACCUGUCAGUGUUCAAACACAGACAUUUCCUUUGAAGGUCAAAGUGGUAUCUUCUAUCGGGGCACAGACAGACACACUCAGCCAGCUGCCUUUCUCCUCUUUUAAUAUAACAAGGGAAACACAGACCAGAUGUCUAGCUGCCCCGGUCUGUAGGACGCAGAUGGACCAAGCUAUUAUGUGUACAGACAUUUUUGAUGCAGACAUGCUCAGUGUCUCUACGCAGACGUCACUGACUGAUGGACCUUUCAGUACGAAUGGACUUGAUCCCAUGAGCACAGAGCCAGGACUCUUUGAAGAUAAAUCUGCCACAUCCCUGUGCUUUGGAGUGCAGAGGGACAUUUUACCCCAGAAUGCUGUGGCUGAUAAUCAGACUCAGACCAUGACUCUCUUCAGUGACCUUGAGAACAUCCUUUCUGAUAGCAUGGCGAGCGGAGCACCGAGCUGUGGGUCAGGUCUGGUUCCAAUGCAAGAGCAACACACGGGCAUUGACUUUGACUUUGAGGAUUUUCUCAAUGCAACACACAUUCAGACUCAGACAGAUGAGAGCGCCUUGGGAAGCCUGAGCUCAGAGACACCCCUGGAGCUCCUAGACAUCGAGACACAAACCGAUUUCCUACUUCUUGACAACUUGGGUGACAGCCACAAUAAUGAUGCUGGCACAGUGGUACAGUCUACUGAACUGGAGCUGGAGAUGUUUGAUACACAAACCCAAACAGAUCUGAACUUCCUACUCGACUCCAGUGGCCACAUGCCACUUGGCAGCAUCCUCAGACAUUCAAGCUUCAACAUGAGCACUGAGUCCUCAGAUACAGAGACCCAGACAGAAAGCAGAGCCCCUAUUCCUCCUCCUCCCCCUACUCUGGCCUUGUCAUGUCCCCAUGAAGGACAGGUGAGGCUUAGCAGCACAGAGACCCAGACCAUCUCCACCUCUUCCAGCUUUGGCCAACUUUUCCUAACCAGCAAUGAGACACAGACCGUCAUGGAUGACUUCCUUGUAGCAGAUCUCGCCUGGAACAUGGAUUCCCAUUUCAGCUCGGUGGAAACCCAAACUAGUGAAGACCUCUUCUCUCUUUUUCAGCACUCUGACAAGCCCACCAGCUGAGUACCUAUAUUAUGCAUAAUCUGUUUCUGGUGACUCUCAUCCAGAGAAGCUGAGGACCAGCAGACAGAGUUCUUUCAAACGCUCAUCAGCAAGGGCCCUGACUGAUGGAUGGUGCUUGUCAGAAUUGAGUUGCUUGUACUUAAUCGACAUCUCAAGUCAUUUCACAAUGAGCAAUGUAUAUCUGUGAAGGUCCAUCAAGCUAACCCAUGUAGAGUUUAGCUGCACUUUACAAUUUCAUUGUCAUUAACUGACUGCUCUUUUGCUUUUUAUUUGCACAUAAAAUGUGUGUGUGUGUGUGUGUGUGUGUGUAUUUAAAACUCUAAGUAGUACCGAAUGUAUAAUUUAGGUAGUAAGAUGUUGCUACUAAAUGGUUGUUAUGACUCUGUGGCACAAGUUUGAAGUUUCUGCUUGGCCUUUUUAAGUGGCACUUAUGUCCGUUUUUGUUGGCAUAGACCCAGCUAGCUGUCGUCACUGUGAGCAAACUACAUACAAGAUUUAUAAAAGGGUUCAUGUGGAUAUUUUGUGCUGACUGUUACAGCAUAUAUAGAAGCAGGCACCUCAAACCAUCUGCAAGUUAUAAAAUAUGCAUAUUUGUGCAUGUUCUGAAUGUUAUGGUUCCUUUAACAGUUGAGCUCAACUGAUGCUCUAAUACACUAUGAUUUGCAUUCUGUGAGUGAGUAACAUGCAAAUCGCAAUUGUUUACAGUAAAAUUAAACCUUUAAUAUUUCACUGGAAGCAUGUAACAUUUUCACUACAUGUGAAUUUGUUCACCUUUAAGCAUUAGAUUAGAUUUUUUUGUUGGUGCCUUAAUGGUUUUUGUUUGUUUGUUUGUUUUGACUGAAAACAUGAACAGUGUUUAACCAUAAAUGUAUUUAGUUUACAUGUUUAACUAUUUUGCACGGAUUGUUGCCUACUUUAACCUGGCCUGUUUUAGUAGGUAUGAUUUGGGACAUUGUCAGUUGACCAGUAUGUUGUUACAAUUUAUAAAUGUACCUUUCCACAAGCAGCAGAAUGUAAAUGACACUGUCCCAUAUAUGGAAGAGUGCUUAGCAGCACUGUAUCAAAUGUUUUUUUGUUUUGGGGUGGGUUGUUACUGGUUUUUCUUUCCCAUGCUUAGCAAAUGCGCACAUUUGCAUUCAACUACCAUUUCUUAAAACAAUUUGGAUCUGCCAAUAGAUAAUUUAAAUAAAUAUAACUAUAAAUGCAUAUCUUUUUUUUCUUUUUCUUUUUUUUUUGCACAACUGCAAGAAGAAAGUACUAUAGAUUAAUAUUCUCAUCUUACACUAAGUAGUAUGCAUGCAGUCUUGUUAGUGCCAAGAAUUUCCAUAUUGGCUUAUAUUGAAAUUUUUGUCUUAGUUGGUAUGUGCAUUUCUUUAGGUUUUGGUGAGGUAUGCCAGUUUAACCCUGUAUUUAUUUUCUGUUUUUAGGCUAUGCUGCAGCAGAUGCUCAUAAUAAAGUGCUAUUCAGAAA